GGUGUUUCACCAGGUGAUAUCAAAAAGCUUAAAGAAGCCGGCCACUACACUGUCGAGUCAAUUGCAUACACGACCAAGAAGACUCUGCUGGCCAUCAAGGGUCUCUCCGAAGCCAAAGUGGAGAAGAUUCUCAAAGAAGCCAGCAGUUUGGUGGAUAUGGGCUUCACUACGGCCAUGGAGAUCCAUCAGCGUCGGGCGGAAAUGAUCCAUAUUACCACGGGCUCAAAAGAACUGGACAAGAUCCUCGGCGGUGGUAUCGAAACGGGCUCUAUUACUGAGCUGAUUGGCGAGUUCCGGACCGGAAAAACACAGCUGUGCCAUACACUUGCGGUGACAUGUCAGCUGCCAGUCUCACAAGGAGGUGCCGAAGGAAAAUGCCUGUACAUCGAUACCGAGGGUACUUUCCGUCCAAGCCGUAUUCUCGCUACAGCCCAAAGGUACACACUGUCGACGGAGACCACAUUGGACAACGUGGCGUAUGCCCGGGCCUAUAAUGCCGACCAUCAAUCGGCAUUGCUUGUUCAAGCCUGUGCACUGAUGGCGGAAACUCGGUUCGCUAUACUUAUUGUAGACAGCGCUAUUGCACUGUUCCGCACAGACUAUUCUGGACGAGGUGAACUUUCUGCACGUCAAAUGCAUCUGGCUCGCUUUCUCCGUCUUCUGCAGCGAAUCGCAGAUGAAUUUGGUGUGGCAAUCGUGAUUACCAACCAUGUCGUUGCUCAGCCGGAUGGAGGGGCGUCCAUGUUCGUUGCUGAUCCCAAAAAACCAACCGGAGGCAAUAUUAUCGCUCAUGCUUCAUGCACCAGACUCUACUUUCGAAAGGGUAGAGGCGAGAGCCGUAUCUGCAAGAUCUACGACUCACCCUCGCUGCCAGAGACUGAAACGGUGUUUGUCAUCUCUGAACAGGGUGUCAGCGAUCCCCGCGACGACUAA